AUGACAAUUGUGAUCGCGUACCUCCCAAAUAAACAUAAGGAAAAGUUAAUGAAAGUACUGGAAGAUGUGGAUAGUACGAAACACUUUGGAUUUGCUUUAAUGUUUGUAGAGAUCUGCGAUGCAGAUCCAAAGUUAGCCAAUUCCAUACUUGGAAGCCCAGAAGAAGGUUUACAAGCAUGUGAUAACUUGAUUAUCAGUGCACAAGAGGCAUUGAUCACUCAAACCGACAAUAAAAUCUAUACUUUAAAGAAAAAUGUGCAUGCAAGAGUAUUUGGGUUACCAACAUGCCCAGAAGUGCACAGGACUGAUUUACCAAAACCCACAGAUUUUGGGAGUUUCUUACAGUUGUCUGGUACAAUUUAA